AUGAAGCAUCUGCCUCCGAACCAACUAGGAGAAAUCUGUGUUCGAGGACCAAACAUAAUGGAAGGUUAUUUCAACAAUGUGCAAGCCACUGAGUUUACAAUCAAGCAUGGGUGGUUGCAUACUGGUGAUCUUGGAUACUUUGAUGAAAGAGGCCAGCUUCAUGUCGUGGAUAGACUUAAAGAGCUGAUUAAGUACAAGGGCUUCCAGAUUGCUCCUGCUGAGCUUGAAGGACUGCUUUUGUCUCAUCCAGAAAUUCAUGAUGCUGCUGUUAUCCCGUAUCCUGAUCCUGAAGCAGGGGAAGUUCCUAUCGCCUAUGUUGUACGAUCACCAAAGAGUUCACUGCCUGAAGUUGAUGUCCAGAAAUUUAUUGAGAAGCAGGUCGCGCACUACAAGAGACUGAGGAAGGUGACGUUUGUGGACAGUGUACCGAAAUCUGCUGCGGGAAAGAUUUUGAGAAGAGAGCUCAUCGCCCAAGUCGGAUCAUCCAAGCUGUAG